AUAGGUUGGGCCUAAACAAGACCCUAGGCUUGGCCCAUGUACCCAAUUCAAAGCUAUCAUCUUUUUCCGCCUACGUUAGUUAAUUCUUCAUUUUUCGCCCAAAAAAAAUCAGAAAUAAUUUGGCUAAACCCUUGCUCUAAAUCUUUUACACAGUACCACUGUCAUUCUAAUUGAGGUAUUCCACUUCGAUUCCUUGAUUUCCCGAGCUCUGUAAUCAUGUUUAUCUCUGAAUUAUUUCUUUCUGUGGAACACGUAGUGUGUGGGAUUCCUUAUCAGCUCUGAUUUCCAUAUUUGCUGUUUAUUGGCUCCGUUUUCCACCAUUUGCUGUUUUUAUUGGUAUUUACCGAGCGAAUUUCUGAGAAAUGGCGUUUGAAAAAAUGAGGUCGAGUAAUAGCGGUGGUACUAGAGUUGGUAGAAAAGUGAGAGUUGCGGUGGGAAACACCGGCGUUGAUAAAGCUCAUCGGAAAAUGAGAGCUGCUACAGGGGUUUUGAAAGUGUCGAUCGAUGUUGAUACGACCCUAGAUUCCAACAAGAAGAAGAAAGGGGGUAAAAAAUUGCGGAGCGGUGAUGAGAAAUCGGGUGAAACACGUACCAAGGGGAAAAUUGAUUUCGAAACAAAGAGUCGAAAUGAAGUGCGAAACGGUGAUGAGAAAUCGGGUACGAAGGAGGGGAAAAGGGAUUUCAAAGCGAAGAGUCGAAAUGAAGGUUUUGGAACUGUUAUUGAUGGCAACUCUUCCGGUAAUAAUAAACGGAAGAGAGUCUAUGCUGAUAAUGAUAAUCCCAGUGUGGUGGUUGAGGGGGGUAAAAGAUUUGAUGGUAGUGAUCGAAACUCCAGUUCUAAAUCAAGAAACACUACUGUCGGGUCGUUUGUCGAUAAACGCAAGAAGCUCUCGAGGGGGGACAACGACCGUCGUGAAUUUAAGGAUUCUAGCAGAGACAGAUUGUUGAGAGGGAGUAGUGAUAAAUUCAGGGGAAGUAGUGAUUUAGGCGAUGGGAAAUCUAGACGUGUUCGAGAGAACGGGUUAGAAAAUGGGGUGUCGAAAACAGGCGAUAAGAGGAGAGCUCCGUUAUUGGCAACUAAAACGUAUGUGAACCGGAGAAAAGAUUCGGUUGGUUCUGUUGAGAAACCUCGUAAGAAAAACGAUGCGUCUAGGAAAGGCUCGGGUGCUAAUUCAGAUUCGACGGAGGAACUGCGGAUGAAGACGAAACGAGUUAUCCGAAUAGACCCUCGUGAUAUAUCCAACAAGAGAAUUGACGAUGAAAUUGAUAUUAAUGGUAAUAGUCAAGAAAAGAUCGAUGUGCCAGAUAAAACUGGUGUUGAAAUGUCGAAGAAUGCGCAAUUCCGUGCCAUACAACCUAGCUCCUCGAUCCUUUCCUUUGUAGAAGACAAUUUAUUAGGACGUAGACGAGACAUUGAGUUUAGGAGGGCUGGCUACAACAUCGAGCUUCCUGCUCCUUUAGACAACAUUCCUUCGUCAACAGGUCCCGAAAGGGAACGGGUUGAAGUACCAGAAUUUAGAAAUAAAUUAGAAUUCUUUGCUGCUGCAAAGGUUUCCUCGUCGUUUCCCCCUCCCGAUCUUUCAGAGAUUGCAUUUGCAGGACGGUCAAAUGUGGGAAAGUCGUCGUUGCUUAAUGCACUAACCAGACAGUGGGGUGUUGUACGGACAUCAGAUAAGCCAGGCCUCACACAGACGAUCAAUUUUUUUAAGCUCGGAUCAAAGCUAUGUUUAGUGGAUUUGCCGGGUUACGGUUUCGCUUAUAUAUAUAUGCAUACUUUGCAGGUGAAAGAGUACGUCAGCACACGUGUUGGUCUAAAACGAGUGUGUCUUCUCGUAGACACAAAGUGGGGUUUGAAACCGAGGGACCACGAACUUAUUGAUUUGAUGGAAAGGUCUGAAACCAAGUACCAAAUAGUUUUAACAAAAACAGAUUCUGUUUUCCCAAUCGACGUGGCUCGACGAGCAAUGCAAAUUGAAGAGAAUCUCAAAGCAAAGAAGUCUGCAGUGCAACCCCUGAUGAUGGUAAGCUCGAAAACAGGGGCCGGUAUCAGGAGCUUGAGGACUGUGCUUUCUAAUGUUGCUCGGUUAGUGAGGCGCUAGAAUGCGUCGUUUCUUGACAAAGGUAUGCAUGCAUGCAAAUGCUGGAUUAGUUUUAAAUUAGCGAAAAAAAUUAUAAUUAAUUUGUUCUGAACUAAUCUUGUAAGAGAAACCGACUUGCAAAACAGAAACGUGUACUAAUGUGUUUGCGAAACACGUAUGUUGAACAGUUGAGCUAUAAGUCGAGCACUUGUUCCGGUUUUUUUAGCCCGAAAAAGCUGUGUUCGAAUUUGUUUUGAUUGGUUUGUGUAGUUCAUUUAUAUCCUU